CACUCGCUGAGACUCUGUCUUAUAGGUGAUCCCUACUGGUCGUAUCUCCACUGCGCGGUAUUGUCUGUGACAGUAUGUUACUCAGACUCAUAACCUAUCAGGUGCAUGCGCAAUUGCAGUUCAAUCAACAACUGAAGGGCAAGCUCGGAAGAACCACAAGGUUCCUGAGACUGUCCAAAUUUGACCCCUUUUUCAUCUUAUCAUCAAUGAUCUCAUCUUAUCUUGGCACGGAUUAUCUUAUCACGGAUCACAGGCAUUUGACAGUCCGGGCUAGGGGCCUAGGGAUUAUCCUUAUUGAUCCAAGGCUGCACAACAUAUGCUCCAGAAGGUUCUACUACAACCCAUGACCAGUGCUCCAUGCGGUACAUAGCCUUAUGACUCAUUAGUCGUAGAUAUGACUCAGACUGGACUUGGG